AUGACAUUUAAAUUAAUAUCUAUCAUUAUAUUUGUUGUGAUUGUUGCAACCAAUGGAAUGAAUAAUGCAAAAUACCACUUACAACUAGUCAAUCAAAUUAGAUCAGAGGCUGGUAGAGCACCAUUAAAAUUGGAUACUUGUAUGUUGGCUAGUUCCAAACAACAUUCAAAUUGGAUGGCUUCCAAUCAUGUAAUGCAACAUGGUGAUGCAACUGAUGUAAUGAGACAAAAUGGUGCUGCUAAUAUAUCAGCUGCUGGAGAGAAUAUUGCAGCAGGGUACAAUAGUGAUGAUGAAGUAGUAGCUGGUUGGAGGGAUAGUCCAGGUCACUAUGCCAAUAUGAUUAACCAAAAAUUUGAAUAUUUUGGUAUUGGUGUGGCCAUGGAUACCAACUAUGUCUACUGGACGCAACAUUUUAGUGGUGUUUCACCAACAUACUCUUGUACUCCAAAAGUAGUAGGUACAACUACUGGUAGCGGCAGUACCAGUACCAGUAGUAGUACUGGCAGUAAUAGUAGUAGUGAUGGAAUAGACCAAUUCCCAAGUUCAUCAUUCAAAAUGACAAUCUCUUAUUUUAUCUACCUCUUUACCACUAUUGUCAUUCUUCAAAUGUACAUUAAAUCUAUUUUAUCUCUUUUUAUGUCUUUAAUCACAAUCCUUUUUACAAGUUAUGGUCCUGGUUUGGUCAAUGGACAAGUAAGCUUUAACAUUACAUUACAUUUACAACUUGUCAAUGCAAUCAGAGCUGAAAGGGGAUUGGCAUCACUAUCAACACUCAGUUGUUUGAACCAAGCAGCACAAUUCCAAGCAGAUUAUCAAAAUUCGAUAAGCCAAAUGACUCAUAACUCUCCCUUUGGAAACCUCAGACAAAGAAUAGAGGCAUUUGGAGUAUCUGAUAUAAAAGGUAUUUCCGAAAAUGUUGCCUAUAGCCAACUAAACGAUACUACUGUUGUUAAUGCAUUCGAAAAGUCAACAAGCCACCUCAAAAAUAUCAUUGGAAAUUACACUAAUAUUGGUAUUGGAAUGAGCGUAUCCCGCCGUACUGGUAGACCCUAUUGGGCACAACAAUUCAUUAAAGGUGGAAUAUGUAUAUCAUCAACUACUACUACUUCUGGAUCUACUACAACAACUGCUACAAGUACGACUGCCACCUCUACUUCAACCUCUACGUCCUUGGCAACUGGGGGAGGAGAAAGUCCAUCGACAGCCAGCUUCGGACCAUCCUCUGUCAACGGACAAGGACAAGUAAGCUUUAACAUUACAUAUCAUUUACAACUUGUCAAUGCUAUCAGAUCUGAAAAUGGAAAGCCAGCACUUUCAACACUUAGUUGCAUGAACGCUGCUGCACAAAACCAAUCUGCCUAUCAAGUCAGCAUCGACACUAUGACUCACAAUUCAACAUUGGGAGGUCUUUCUGCCAGAACUGCCGCUUUUGGAAUGUCUCAAGGUACUGCUUGGGCAGAGAAUGUUGCUUAUGGUUAUUACUCUGAUUUAGAAGUUGUCACUGGCUGGAAGAAUUCACCGGGUCAUUUUGCAAACAUGAUUGGUGAUUAUACCUACAUUGGUGUUGGUAUGGCUACUACCAAGUCAGGUUCACCAUAUUGGACCCAACAAUUCAUCAAGAAUGGAAAAUGUACACCUGUAUCAACUACUACUUCUGGAUCUACUACCUCACCAUCCACCAACUCUGCCACCACUUCUUCAAACUCUACUACUACUUCCACCACUAGUACUCCAACCACCUCUCAAACAACAUCACAAACUACUUCUCAAACUACAUCACAAACUACCUCUUCAACCUCUCAAACAACCUCACAAACAACAUCAACUGGAAAUGAAACUACCUCCAACACCUCUACUGGUGGUUCAACUGGAACUGAAACCACAUCCAACACUUCAACUGGUAACUCAACCGGAACUGAGACCACUACAGAUGGCUUGACAACUGGAGAUGAAGGUACAUCGACAGGUACCAACACUUUCAUUCCAUCAGUUCUCAUUGCCUUGAUCUUUUCCAUCACAUUGUCACUCUUUUAG